AAGUAAGAGAAUAAAUACCUUCAAGAUCUGCUACUAAUCCUAAAUAACCUAAUCAUUCAUCCCCCAACAUUAUCUCACUACAUUUACUUUUUCACUUUUUCAGUAACACUUGCACUUGAUUUACUCACAUUCUUACAUCAAACAUGUGGCAGUACAGUAUAAACAUGUACCUAAUCUAAGCAAAAUGCCUAAAGAACAGAGGAAAAAAGGUGAAGAGGGAUGUUACUAUUGUGGUCCACUUUUUUCUUUUUCCUUUUUUGUUUACUCUCCUGAGUUCUCUGACUCCUCUCCUUCGCCCCUUCUUUUAUGUUAGUGAGUGGAAUCCCAAUGUCUUCAUGAUUUUCAUCAUACCAAUUGCCAUUUCUUGAAAUCAAAGCCUCAAUCAAUCCAUUACUUAACCAAAGGGUCCCCAGUGUACUCAUUACUGCUGUCUACCUGAGAGAGGAAAGUGAUAAGAGUUGUACAAAAGAAGCAAGAAUAUGGAUGUGGGGAGAAGAAAAGGGGGUGGUGGAGCUACAUCAUCAAGAAUUGGUGUUGUGGCAGGGUCUGUUUGGGAGAGCAGAAUGAAGCUUGAUGAAGUCAAAGGUGGCAUCAAAGUUUUUAAUGGUGAGAAAAAUGGUAGUAAUGAUUCAGAAGAAAAUGAUGAAAAGGAUGGUGGGACUAGUAAUAGAUUAGCUAUUGUUCCAGCUCAAGUGGAUAAAAAAAUGAACUUGAGGCCAAAAACGAGUCCAGUGGGGGCUAGUGGGAAGAGGAAAACUUGGAAAUCUGACAGUUUGGAGAAGAGCCCAAUUCAGAUUGCUAGGCAAAGAUCUGAAACAAACAAGAAUCUUGAUGAACAGUUUAGAGAAUUGAGUAUGUCUGCUGAUGGAAUUAAAAGGAGCCCAGCUCAGAGCAAGAAGUCAAAAUCUGAGGCAAUUAAGGAUUUGGGUGCUUCGGUUGAUGGAAUUGAGAAAAGCCCAAUUCAGAGUAUGAAGAUAAGAUCUGCUUCUCAAAAGUUUUCUAGUGAAUCCUCUGAUGGAAAUGACAAGAAUCCAACUCAAUUGAGGAAAUUGAAAUCAGAGACCAUUAAGGCCUUGAACACUGAAAAUGCAAGUGAGAAGACUUCUGAAUUGAGGAAAGUAAAAUCAGAUUCAAUUAAGGCUGUUGAGGACUCUUCUAAUGGGAAUGUUAAUAAUUCCCUCCAGCUGGUGAAAGCAAAAACUGUAUCAAGCAAGGAUUUUGAUGAUGAUAAUGGCAAGAGUUCUAAAGUGCAGUCUGAGAAAGAAAAGGCAGUUGUUGAUGAGUCAAAUAAGAGUCCUAAAGAAGACAACAUAGUUAGAAUGGAGAAAACAAGGUUUGAUGAAGAUUGUAAGGAAGUUGAUGUUUGUGAAGAGAAGGUGAUUACAAGCAAUAUUAGCAGCAAUGCGGGACAGCAGCAGGUCAAAUCUCCACCAAUAGUAGAAGACACUGACGAUUUUGACGAUGCUGAUGGUGAUGAAGAAGAUUGGGAUGCGGAGUUGGAGGAAGAGGGUGAUCAGGAAAUUGAAGUUGAGAUUGAAAAGACGAGUCUUGUUGUGAAGGAGAUCAGUGUUGCUGAGCAGAAGCCAAAGAAGGUUGUGGUAGAAGAGAAGAAAUUUCGUCAGAGCAAUGAAAGGCCGAUGUCAAUUCCAUCACUGGUGAAGAAACAGUCUCCUCCUGUUGUCAGCCAUGCCAGAGUUCAUCCAAGUCCAACAAAGAAAAGACCAAAUGAAUUUCAGGGAAGUCCUAGAACUCAUAGCAAAUUACAGAGCUUUGUUGACUUGGUGAUGUGGAGAGAUGCAUCAAAAUCAGCAUUUGUCUUUGGCAUUGGAACAUUUAUCAUUAUUUCAUCUUCAUACGCUAAGGAUCUCAACAUCAGUGCAAUAUCUGUGUUAUCCUAUCUGGGAUUGAUCUAUCUUGCAGCAAUUUUCCUCUUCAGAUCACUCAUUUCCAGGGGAGCUGUUGAUUUAGAUGAUUCAAGCAUGGACUAUGUUGUUGGGGAAGAGGAAGCAGUUUGGUUGGUGAAAUUGAUUCUUCCCUGUGUAAAUGAGUUUCUGUUGAAAAUCAAAGCUCUCUUCUCUGGAGAUCCUGCUACUACAAUGAAGAUGGCAGUGCUACUGUUUGUUUUGGCACGGUGUGGCAGCUCCAUAACCAUAUGGAAAAUGGUCAAAUUGGGCUUUUUCGGAGUUUUCACAGUGCCAAAAGUCUGCUCAUCCUAUUCCACUCAAUUAACUGCUUACGGUGUAUUUUGGAUUCGACGAUUUCGGGACGCUUGGGAAUCAUGUUCUCAUAAGAAAGCCGUGGCAUUUGCUAUCUUCACACUGGUGUGGAAUUUGUCUUCAAUUGUUGCCCGAAUUUGGGCAGUGUUCAUGUUAUUUGUGGCGUAUAGAUAUUACCAGCCAUCCUUCAUUGGAGAGGGAUGGGCUACAGCUGAGGUGCAAACAAGAGCUGAAGAUUCUUCUUCCACUUCAGGACAAAGUGGAGGCCACGUCCAGCGACAACGGCCGAGGCCCAUUGUAACGGAAACAGGGAAACAAAAGAGGACCUUUUAAGCAUAUGCAGGCCCAAUUGCCCAUUACACUUUGUUUAUUAUAGUUUGAUACCACAAGAAAUAAAAAAAGUAUAGAUGAAAACGAAAAAAAAAA